GAGAGGGAGAGUGCAGUCUGAAUCUGGCCGACACGUUUUUACCGACUCUGUACCAGCGAGGGUUCGAGGAAGGUAAACCGGAGAGUAGGGAGGGGGGAGAGAGUAAACAGGGGGAGGCAGACCUGCCCCUAGCCAGACGAGAGUUUGUACGGGAACAGGAAAGGGACGAGGAGCUGAUAGCCUUGAGAGAGCUGGUUCUUUCGAGGUUGAAACCCAGCCCGAAGGUUACUACCUGAAGGAGGGUGUGUUGAUGAGGAAGUGGAGGGCCCCCCCCCCAAGGUGUCGGUCGAUGAGGACUGGGCGGUGGGACACCAGAUAGUAGUCCCGAAAGCGUAUCGGGACGAAAUUAGCUCAUAAGGGACAUCUGGGAAUAACGAAGACAGUGGAUCGGGUUCAAAGAGAGUUCUAUCGGCCAAACCUGAGAAAAGAGAUUACUGAAUAUCGUUAAAGGUGUCGUACCUGCCAAAUGGUGGGUAAGCCGAACCAAGUUACCCCUAAGGCCCAUCCCCGCGUGCGAGGAGCCUUUCUCCCGAAUCAUUGUGGAUUUUGUGGGACCCCUUCCUAAAACUGCGAGGGGGCGGCAGUACAUCAUGACCAUGAUGUCAGGACCGCUGUGGUGGUGAGGGCCCUCAUCAAAUUCUUUACCACCGUGGGGCUGCCUGAGGAGAUACAGUCGGAUCAGGGGAGUACCUUCACAUCUAACGCAUUGGGGCAGAUGAUGGCCCAGCUCGGGGUCAAACAAAUUCUCGCCUCCGCGUACCACCCGGAAUCCCCAGGGGCGUUGGAGAGGUUCCUCAUUGUCAGGAGAACGUUCGAGACUGGGAUGAGGCUUUACCCCUUCUGUUAUUUGCCGUCAGGGAUACGGUCCGGUGCUCACUGGGGUUCAGUCCGUUUGAGCUCGUUUUCGGUCGCAGGCCCAGGGGCCCUCGAACCCUCCUGAGAGAAAACGGUCCAGCCCGACCGUUCAAGUCAGUGUGAUCGACUAUGUUCUGAAAUUCAUAAAGUACUGCGCCUUGGCAAAGGAAAACCUUAAAGAAUCCCAGGAAAACUGAGCCAGUGGUGUAACCCGAGAGCGAGAGAACGAGAGUUUUAUGUAGGCAACAAGGUUUUGGUCCUAUUUCCCGGGAGUUACCCAUCCCCUUCAGGCGAGGUUUCCAGGACCAUAUACAGUGCGUAAGAAAAUAGACUCGCUGAAUUUCGUGAUUCGGCGAAAGCCGACCCAGUUAGUUCAUGUGAACGUGAUGAAAAGGUACCAUGACACUACCCCCGCGGUGGUCGGUGCGGCCAUGAAAUCCGAUCACAACCCGUCGGUAUUCCUGGCCAAUAUGGAAAGUAAAAACAGGAGGUUGUUGAGCUGGAGUCUGAUGCUGCAGGAAUUCGAUAUUAAGAUACAGCACAUUAAGGGGAGUGAUAAUGUGCUAGCGGAUUGUUUAUCGCGAUGCUGAACUAAGUGUAUAACGGUAUGGCUCUGUAAUUAAAAGAAAAAGCUUGGGUAUUGUGUUAGAUUAAAAAUCCUGUAAGACUCUGUACAACUCCGUUUUUAACCGCUGGUAAAAAACGUUUUUUUAGAGGGGAGGUGUUAUGAAGGUACCACAGCUCUGAGGGGCCGAAGGGCGGGAGCAGCCCCCUCCUUCCGGAGAAUCACAAGAGCACUAUUAAUUCGGGUCUCGGACCCAGGCAAAUGAGAGAGAAUGUAAUGGUUUUGGCCAUGGCUCUUAGAGACACCUGUGCUCAGGGCAUGACCCUGCUAUGUGACAGCUACCUCGGAUAUGGACACCCUCGGGCAAUGUGGGGGUGGGGAUUGCAUCACCCUACUUGGAUGGACAUCUACAACUCUGCGAGUCAAGAUAAAAGGGGACUGCAGAGCGCAGUGCCCCAGAGAGACACACCAGAAGGACUCGAUCGCUCAACGCUCCCGUGAUAGCUGGAAGCCAGUCAAAGGCCACGUGCGCUCCGUAACUUCUCUGCCCGGGGAGCUGGUGGCUGAUAAUACCGAGAAGGACUUCGAACUAAUAACAGGGAAACAACGCUCCCCUGAUUCAACGGUGUUGCUUCGUCAAAGACCCAGAUUGCCAAAUGGAAAAGAAGCUGUUGAUCUUAGAUAUUGACGUUGGGGUGGAUGACGCCCAGGCAAUGACAUUGGCUCUUUCAGCUCCGAACGUUGAAAUCCUGGGAAUAACCUGUACUCACGGAAACACGAGCAUUGAAAACGUGUGCAGGAACGUGCUGCGAGUUCUGAAAUUGUGUAACAGGAUGGAGAUUCCCGUCUACCGUGGGUCAGCCGCCUCUCUCCUCGGUGUAACCCAUUAUGAUGCAGCUUACCAUGGGCAGGAUGGUAUGGGUGAUGUUCCGGACCCCAACGCUCCAGGCCUGGAACACAUAAAGUCUGAACACGCAGUGAAUGCCAUGAUACGGAUAGCUAACGAACAUCCCGGUCAGGUCAGUCUUGUUGCUGUUGGACCCCUGACCAACGUUGCCCUGGCUGCCAAAAUGGAUCCCACUUUUCCCACAAAGCUGAAGAGUUUGCACAUCAUGGGGGGAAACAUGGAAGCCAAAGGGAACAUGAAUGUCUGCAGUGAGUUUAACUUUAACUCAGAUGCAGAGGCAGCCUCUAUUGUCCUGAGCCACUUUACUUGUCCCACUUACAUUGCGACCUGGGAAUACUGCCUUCGCCACGUCCUGCCCUGGGACUUCUAUGAAAAGCUGAUGAAUCAAGAUGGUAAAAAGGCUCAGUUCCUGAAGAAGAUAUUUGAGCAUACCGUAAAAUUUAGCAAAAGUGAUGAAGGAAGCAAGCAACUUUAUUUUGGAAGUGGCUUUUUGUCCUGUGAUUCCUAUGCAAUGGCUGCCGUGAUCGAUGAUUCGGUGGUGACAGAAAGCAUUCAGUACGGGGUUACGGUGGAAUUGAACGGAUCACUGACCAGAGGCAUGAUGGUUGUGGAUACUCUCGAUGCCCUGAAGCUUAAACACAAGGCUGUCAUCUUUCUGAAAUGUGAUAUGGAAAAGUAUAAGCAGAUGCUGAUGAACGCACUGAAAUAAGGUGGAAUGUAUCUCAAACCAAAGUAGAGAAAGCUAGCAUUUACAAGUAAUUAUGUUGACAAAUGUUGACUUUUGAUUUAUUAUAGCAUUAAUGGUGUGUUGAUAACUCAAAAGUUUGAGUGAAAUUGCUGGCUUAUUCAACGCUUACAAGAAUUAAAAUAAAAGAUUGAGUAGUUGUUGUGGAGAUUUGAUCACCUUCUGCAAAAGAGAAAUAUUUGUGCAGAACUUACCUGAGGAAGCUGUGGGUAAAAUGGAAUAGAGAUGACAUUCUUGUCACAUACAUUCCCCACAUCUCACUGCUGUCUCUGAAAACAAAGCCUGCAUUUAAUCAUUUUGUUACCUCCACUGUUAACCCUUCCAAUACCACACUGGCUGCCAUCCUGACUCCUGUCACCAUUAACUUAAGUAAGAAGCAGAAUCAGGUCUGUAAUCACUGAAUAGGUCAUGAAAUCUGUUGUUUCGCAGUAGCAGUACAGUGCAAAACAUAAAAAUUUCUACAAGUUACAAAAGUUAAUAAAUAAUGCAAAAAAGAAAUAGUGAGUAGUGUCCAUGGGUUCAUGGCUGGUUCAGAUAUCUGAUGGUAGAGAGGAAGAAGCUGUACCUAAAACACUGUGUGUGGGUCUUCAGGCUUCUGUACUUUUUUCCCAAUGGUAGUAAUGAGAAGAGGGUGUACCCCGGAUUGUGAGGGUCCUACUUGAGGCACCACCUGUUGAAGAUGUCCUCACUGGUGGGGAGGUUUGUGCCCAUGAUGGAGCUGGCAGGAUCUUCUUCUGAUCCUGUCCAUCAUAACACGCUAUGAUGGGACCAGUCAGAAUGUUGUCCACUGUACAUCUGUACACCAAGUUUUUGGUGACAUACCAAAUCUCCUCAAACUCCUAAUGAAUUAGAGGUGCCAGUGUGCCUUCUUUGUGACUGCAUCCAAGUGUGGGUGCCAGGAUAGAUCCUCUGAGAAGUUAAUGCCCAGGAACUUGAAGCUGCUCACCCUUUCCAUUGUUGACCCCUUGAUGAGGAUUGGUGUGUGUUCCUCUGACUUCCCUUUUCUGAUGUCCACAGUCAAUUCCUUAGAUGUACUGAUAUUGAAUGUGAGGUUGUUUUUGCGACACCACUUUGCCUCACUCCUGUGCACCUCCUCAUCACCAUCUGAAAUUCUGCCUACGUUGGUGACAUCAGCAAAUUUAUAGUUGGUAUAUGAGCUAUGCCAAGUCACACAGUCAUGAGUGUAGAGAGAGUAGAGCUGUUCGCUAAGCAUGCAACAUCUCCUUGACUGUCGGCAAGGAGAUGUUAUCAACGAUCUGCAUUGAAUGUGGUCUUCUGAUGAGGAAGCUGAGGAUCCAGGUGCCAUGGGAGGUACUGGGGCCUCUCCCUGCCAAAUGCUUCUUUUGAAGCAACUUCCUGCCAAAUGUUGUCUCCCUAUCAGCUUGUGGUUACUGGUACAUCAGCUCUUCAGUUUCAGUACCUUUAUCUACAUGUCCUUCCCUCACUCACCGCCUUCGAGGCUGCAAUAUUCUCCACCUUGGUCACCUGCACCGCCCCGCAAACUGUUGCAGCACAGUGAGGCCCAUGCACUCUAGAGGUCCCUUCCUAAACCCCUCCACUCACUCACUCUCCUUCCUCCCUUGCUGGGAUAUUAAUGUCCAUCUUAUACCCUGUGUGGCCAGUACUUUCUUCAUGUUAUAAAGGACACAUAUCACUGUCAUUAAGAUGAUUAAUCAGCUCAAGGUACAUAUUGUUUUGAGCAGAGAUUUCAAUUUCAAAAUCAUGCUAUUAAAUCUCCACAAGAAGACCAAUAUUGGGAAAUAACCUGCAUUUAUGCUGAUAAUGGGAAACUAUAACCUAUAAAAAUAGACUUUGCUUUUACUGAAGGUGAUGCAUUCUACUGAACUCAUAUUGUAACUGGCACAGAAAUACUUUCUAAAUCCAAAGAAAAUAAAUGUAGCA